GUUAGCACACAUACUUAAACUUACGUAGGAUGAUUUAGAGUGAUUAAACAAGUUUGGGCAGAUGACGAAUUUUGUUUCUUAUACUUUGUAGCGUCCAUGAGUGUAGACACACAUCUCUAGCCCAUCUAAAGAACUACUUAAACCUUCUUGGUGCUAUCAACUCCUUUGCCCAAAUUAAGUUAUAGAUUGGGACAUUAAUUCUAACGUCAUGCAUAAAGAUGUCAAUAGUGAUUGUGCAUUUGCUUUUCCUACAUGUCUUAUGAACUUAUCAAUUUCUAUUUUCUUUUUGGAGCGAGCAUCAAAUUAUGGAUGUAUCGAAUUUGAGAAACCGAAGGGGGUUGCAAUGCCACAAAUGGUUCGUUUUCUGGCUUGGUCUUUGGGGGUACCUGGAAAUCAUCUUGGGCCACAAAGUCAUGAUUUUUGUUGGCCUUACGGUCCUGAUGGCGGUUAGAGCUACAAAAAGCAUUAGACCUGUUGACCUGUCACUAAGCCUAGAAGUUCUAAGCCUAGAAGUUCUGUCUCCUUACCUCACAAUUUCGCCUGGGCUCAGUCCCACACCCCUACUAGAAUCUCUAGCUUUCCUCUCAAAACCACUGCAAGACAAGGACGGUAGUGAAUGCAACUGUUGUUUCAAAUUACGUUUUGGACCAUCCUAUGAUGAACAUAAGGUGAGCUUCUGGUCAUUAUUAUAGGCGUAUUGUGUUAAUAAUCGAGUAUGAGUAUGCUAAUUUAUUUUUAAAGAUCCCCUUCCUGUCUCUUGGCUAGCCUAAAUUUUAGAUUAUAC